ACCGUCAGAGCAGCCACAGCUCAAAGAAUUUACACCAUAAAUUCGAAAAAGAAAUAACACAUAAUAAUCCACAAAAUGUCGUCGCUACAAAUGUCGGAGAUGUCGAAGACCUAUCAGUACCGCAAGGUGAUGAAGCCCAUGCUGGAGAGGAAGCGUCGUGCCAGAAUCAACAAGUGCCUGGACGAGCUCAAAGAUCUGAUGGUGGCCACCCUGGAGUCCGAGGGCGAGCACGUGACCCGGCUGGAAAAGGCCGACAUCCUGGAGCUGACCGUCACCCAUUUGCAGAAGAUGAAGCAGCAGCGCCAGCACAAACGCGCCUCCGGCGUUGAGAGCUUGACUCCGGCGGAGGGAUUCCGUUCCGGUUACAUCCAUGCCGUGAACGAGGUCUCCCGUUCGCUGUCCCAACUGCCCGGCAUGAACGUCAGCCUGGGCACCCAGCUGAUGACCCACCUGGGACAGCGCCUCAACCAGAUCCAGCCAGCCGAAAAGGAAGCCCUGCCCGUGACCGCCCCACUCUCCGUGCAGAUCGCCACCCGGGAUGCCUACUCGGUGCCCAUUUCUCCGGUCUCUAGCUUCGCCGGCAGUCCCAACUCCAAUGCCAGCUCGGUCAGCCAUUCCUUGCUGACCACCAUUGAUGUGACCAAAAUGGAGGACGACAGCGAGGACGAGGAAAACGUCUGGCGUCCCUGGUAAACGGGGGGAUUUCGUUUCCCUUAAAAACGCAAGAAGAAAGGAGAGAUUAAAGAAAGUAAAAGUCUUCCGAGUCGCUGGAAAUUCCCGCAUUCCGACUCACAACCUAGUUUUAAGUAAACACCAUACACACACAAAGCUUUAGAUGAGGACGCGCAGUUCAUGUGAUAACUAAAUAAAUAAUAAAUUAUAUAGCUAAAAUGAAAA